AUGGGUGAGAUUGUCCCUAAUCAACUCUUCGUCGCUGGAUACAGUCGCAAUAAAGUGACUGAUGAAAGAGAUGUGAAGGAAAUCUUCAGAAAAUAUGCAUCAGUCAAAGAAGUUGCAUAUAAGGGUUCAUAUUCCUUUGUUACUUUCAAUAGCGAAACUGAAGCUCAAGAGGCACUUAAAGAGACCAAUGGAAUGACAUACAAUGGUCAAAAACUUAAAGUGGAUAUUGUUGACAAUCGCAAAAGUCGAAAAACUGGACCUUCUGAUAGUGAUUUGUGUUUCAAAUGCAGUAAAGGCGGGCAUUGGGCUAGAGAUUGUCCAAAUGGCAGAUCACCUCGUAGAAGUCGAAGAUAUUCAAAUUCCAGAUCUAGACGUCACAGAAGGAGAUCUGAUUCUCGUUCAUAUUCUUCCUAAUCUUCCUCAAGAUCAAGAAGAAGAAAUAGAUACUCAAGAAAUAAACACAGACACAGCAGAAGUCCAAAGAGACAAGACAAGCCCAAGAAGAGAAGCAUUAGUAGAAAAAGAUCACCCUCAGAUUCUUAAUCAUCAAAGAGAGCUAACUCAGACUCAAAGUCUUGAAUAAGAAUGGGAAAAACACAUUUAUUCAUCAAAACAUUUUAUAAUUGUAAUA